GAGCCGUGAAGUGUCUGCACAAGCAGGAAGAAGAAAGAGGAAGGAAACAUGGUGGGCUGAACACUGCGGCCGGACACCUACUGAAAGUUGGAUUCAUCCCCCUUUUUAAAAUAGUUACUACCCUUCUGCAGAGAACACGUAAGAUACCUGUGGUGUCAAAAUGAGUAUCCGGCGCACGGGCACCCAUGGAUCCAUGGGGCCCAAUGAUGAGGUCAUGCCAUACAGUGAUGAUGAGACCGACGACGAGCUGGAUGUGACCACUGAAGACGAAGAAGAGACGCCGGGAGCCCCACAGCCCCCUGUGGAAAUUCGACCCGCAGAGGUCGGCUGGAAAGUGAAAGCCAAUGACCGAGCUUAUCACCACCUGCCGGAAUUUGACAAAAAAAUAUUCCUGUGCUUCAAGAAGAGCAAAUAUUCCGGAAAUGCCAUCAAGACAUACAAGUACAACGUCUUCACGUUCCUUCCCCUCAACUUGUUCGAGCAGUUUAAGAGAGUUGCAAACGUCUACUUCUUGGCUCUGCUGAUCUUGCAGUGUAUUCCAGCUAUUACCACUCUCCCUUGGUAUACUACGCUCAUUCCUCUGGUUGUGGUUCUGGGAGUCACCGCCAUCAAAGACCUGGUGGACGAUCUUGCUCGUCAUCGAAUGGACAAGGAGAUUAAUAACCGGAAAUGUGAGGUCCUGCUAGAUGGCAGGUUCCAAGACUCGAAGUGGAGGCACAUCCAGGUCGGAGAUGUAGUUCGCCUGAAGAAAAAUGACUUUAUUCCGGCAGACAUUUUGCUGCUAUCCAGCUCAAACCCCAACAGUCUCUGCUACGUGGAAACAGCAGAGCUUGAUGGAGAAACCAACCUGAAGUUUAAGAUGGGACUCAGAGUGACUGAUGAGAGGCUGCAGGAGGAACGUCAACUGGCUCAGUUUGAUGCGCUGAUUGAAUGCGAGGAGCCCAACAACCGUCUUGAUAAGUUCACAGGGGUCAUGCAAUGGAAGAUGGAUCGCUAUCCCUUGGAUCUGGACAACAUGCUGCUCCGAGGUUGCAAGAUCAGAAAUACAGAGACAUGUCACGGACUCGUCAUCUUUGCAGGUGCUGACACAAAAAUCAUGAGAAAUGGAGGUAAGACGAGAUUCAAGAGGACGAAAAUUGACGAGCUAAUGAACUAUAUGGUCUACACUAUCUUUGUCCUUCUUAUUCUGGUGGCAGCAGGACUUGCCAUUGGUCACAGCUUUUGGUUCGAGGAAAUCGGCUCCAAUGCCUGGUAUCUAUACGAUGGUAGAAAUGAUAGUAACUCCUACAGAGGAUUCCUCAGCUUCUGGGGCUACAUCAUUGUCCUGAACACCAUGGUGCCUAUUUCACUAUAUGUCAGUGUGGAGGUGAUUCGUCUUGGCCAGAGUAAGUUCAUCAACUGGGACCUGCAGAUGUACUAUGCAGAUAAAGACACACCAGCAAAGGCUCGAACCACCACCCUGAACGAGCAGCUCGGACAGAUCGAGUACAUCUUCUCGGACAAGACGGGCACGCUGACACAAAACGUCAUGAUGUUCAAAAAGUGCACCAUUGCUGGACGCAGUUAUGGCAACCCGACCACAUCUGAGGGAGUGAGUCUAGAUCGAGGAAGGCCGGUGGACUGGAGCUGGAAUCAGUACGCUGACAAAAAGUUCCAGUUUAUGGACAAUUCACUCGUUUCCUGCUUACGAUCCAAGAAGGAUAAAGAUGCAUUGGACUUCUUCAGACUCCUCUCCCUCUGCCACACUGUCAUGGUGGAGAGCAAUGAUGGCGAGUUGGUGUACCAGGCGGCGUCUCCAGACGAGGGCGCCCUGGUGACGGCAGCUCGGAACUUUGGCUUUGUUUUUGUUUCCCGCACCCAGGACAGCAUCACCAUCAGAGAGAUGGAACAAGAGAAAACCUAUGAGAUGUUGGCACUGCUCGACUUCAACUCUGACCGCAAGCGCAUGUCCAUCAUCUUGAAGUUUCCAGAUGGUCGUAUUCGUCUCUACUGUAAAGGAGCCGACACGGUCAUCUACCAGAGGCUUUCGCCAAAUUCCAAGCACAAGGAGUCCACUCAGACUGCUCUGGAUAUAUUUGCCAACGAAACCUUGCGCACACUCUGCUUGUGCUACAAAGACAUCACCGCCGCCGAGUAUGAAGCCUGGUCCAGGAAACACAUGGAGGCUCAGGUGACAAUGGUCAACAGAGACGCCGCCCUCGAUCUGGUGUAUGAGCAGAUUGAGACCAACCUCAUGUUGAUUGGAGCGACAGCCAUUGAGGACAAACUGCAGGAUGGAGUACCAGAGACCAUUGCUAAGCUGGCCAAGGCCGACAUCAAGAUCUGGGUCUUGACUGGAGAUAAGAAAGAAACUGCAGAAAACAUCGGCUACUCGUGCUCCCUUCUGACCGAUGACAUGCACAUCCACUAUGGGGAGGACGUCAAUGAGAAGCUGAGCCUCCGUCAGGCAAACAGGAGAACCGAGCCUCCGGCUCUGAGUCGAGGCAGAAAGAGACCUGCAGAACCAUUUUUCCCUGAGCCGGGCAAAAACGCACUGAUCAUCACCGGAGGAUGGCUGAACGAGAUUUUGUAUGAGAAGAAAAAGAAACGCCGCCGUUUGCGUCUUCGUCGUCUGGGAAAGCGACCGCCUCCGAGCAGCCCUCAGGAUGGACAGCCUAUGAACGACUGGGAGAAAGAGAUGAGACAGAUUGACUUCGUGGACAUGGCGUGUGAAUGCGAGGCUGUUAUCUGCUGUCGUGUCACACCCAAGCAGAAAGCUAACGUGGUCAGUUUGGUAAAGAAGUAUAAGAAGGCUAUCACCUUGUCCAUUGGAGACGGUGCCAAUGACGUCAACAUGAUUAAAACGGCGGACAUCGGUGUUGGUAUCAGUGGUCAGGAGGGGAUGCAGGCUGUGAUGUCCAGUGACUUUGCUUUUGCUCAGUUCCGCUACCUGCAGCGCCUCCUGCUGGUACACGGGCGCUGGUCUUACAUUAGAAUGUGCAAGUUCCUCCGGUUCUUCUUCUUCAAGAACUUUGCCUUCACCUUGGUCCAUUUCUGGUACUCUUUCUUCAGCGGGUACUCUGCACAGGUGGCCUACGAGGACUGGUUCAUCACGCUCUAUAAUCUUUGUUACAGCAGCUUACCUGUUCUUCUAGUUGGACUCCUUGACCAGGAUGUUAAUGACAGACUGAGUCUCAAGUUUCCCAAGUUGUAUCUGCCCGGCCAGCAGGGGACGUUGUUUAACUACAAGAACUUCUUCAUCAGCUUGUUCCACGGCAUCUUUGUCUCCCUCAUCACCUUCUUCAUCCCAUACGGAGCAUUCCUGCAGACCAUGGGGCAAGAUGGUGAAGCCCCCUCAGACUACCAGUCAUUUGCUGUGGUCACUGCUUCAUCGCUGAUUUUUACCGUCAAUCUGCAGAUCUCCCUGGAUACCUCCUACUGGACCUUUGUCAACUGUUUUGCCGUUUUGGGAAGCAUAGCCAUCUACUUUGGAAUAAUGUUUGACUUGCACAGUGCGGGAAUACAUGUCAUUUUCCCCCAAUUUUUCACCUUCACAGGGGCGGCGUCAAAUGCUCUUCGCCAGCCUUACUUGUGGUUAACCAUCAUCCUCACAGUGGGCAUCAGCCUGCUGCCUGUCAUCUGCAUCCAGUUCCUCCAUAAAAUCAUCUGGCCCUCCAUAGGAGACAAGGUCCAAAGAAACAGAAAGAAGUAUGAGUUGGAAAUGCAACAGGAGGCGAGGAAAAAGAGACCCGCUUUCCAGCGUGGCGGGCGUUCCCGUCGCUCUGGCUACGCCUUCUCACACUCUCGUGGCUAUGCUGACCUCAUCGCUUCUGGGCGGAGCAUUCGGAGACGCCCCACAGGCCGAGGUGGCCCCCAGAACACUAUCAGGGAGGCUCCCGAAAGAGCAGCUGAAAACAUUUGAUGGAGGGCCUGAAUCAUUUUGGGAAUUGCAGUUUAAAGGAGCACAAUCUGCAACAACGCUGCUAAAGAGAAACAACUAAGUGGAGAUGAUAUCUUCCUAUGGAUACAUAAGUGCCUUUGAAAGUGACGUAAGAACCGAGGCGCUUGGUCAUCCUCUAUGCACAGACUCUGUUAUGCAAAACAACUGCCGUUUUUGACAGUCAUUUAUUUAAUUUAUCUCAGGAUUUUUAAAACAAAAGCUUUAUUUUUUUUAACAAUUAGUUCCCUAUACAAAGACCACACACUCACCCCCCAACACCACCAAUUCCGUUUCCAGGUUUUUGCUCCGCGCUCACAGAGCACUUGAAAUUAGUGUGUUUCCUGUCAAAUGUUCACACUUUUAAAUAUUUUAUUAGAAGUAAGGGAGGGAUGUUACGAUAACAGUGUGGUCGGCCAUUAGUAAGUGUCUUAUGCAAUGUACUUGGUUUCUCCGCGACUACAUUCAAAAUCUUUUAAACUGUUUUCAACAUGUGAUUAUAUAAGUUGUUCAUCUAUCUAAAAAAAACCAAACAAAAAAUUAUUAGAAAAAAAACUUCCCCCUAUGAUUAUCCUGAUAUUCUGCAUGUAGCUCUUGGUGGACUACUUUUUUUUUUUUUUUCAAUCUUUUACAACUUUGUGUGUGUCUGCAUGGAUAUGUGUAUUGUUUACAUUAAACUUGUCCUUUCUUUAGCCCUAAAAUCUAUUUAAGAUAUCUGCGACAUUCUUCUAAGCCAAACCCGAAAUACUGUUCUGUUACUGUGUCUUGGUCAUGCUGGUGUUACUGUAUACAGAUGUUUUGUUUUUUUUAAUCAUUGAAUGAUUGGAGGCAGGUGAUCUCUGUCACAUGAUGGUAUUUUAUCGUGUUGUUAAUAAAAGCCAAAGGUACGUGUAUCAA